AAAAAAGGAGGGAGGGUGUCAGGUGUCACUACGUCACGCAGGUAAUGGUGAAAGGUGUGGUGGUGAAAGGUGCAUUCACUGGCUGGUUUGAAUCCAAGCCUGGAAAGCCGUCGAGCUGGAAAAUCUGCUCGUAACAUAAACCCGCCUGCAGAAAGCAACACUGUUCAAGUAGGACGGGAAUCCACGCAGCUGGAAGGAGUCUGUGUUUGUUUUAUUCACCAAAAAAAAUGAGCAAAAUAUCGAAAUUAUUCAAGGGGAGCUCCAGCUCCAGCUCGAGUUCCUCGAGCAAACACCACCGGUCGAGAGGUGGACCUUCACCCCAGGAGGCCAUCCACAAACUGCGGGAGACAGAAGAAAUGUUGACCAAGAAACAAGACUACCUGGAGAAGAGGAUAGAGCAGGAGAUUAUGAUAGCCAAGAAGCAUGGCACGAAGAAUAAAAGAGCUGCUCUGCAGGCUUUGAAGAGGAAGAAGCGUCUGGAGCAGCAGCUCACGCAGAUUGACGGCACGCUUUCCACCAUCGAGUUUCAGAGGGAAGCUCUGGAGAACUCGCACACCAACACAGAGGUCCUGAAGAACAUGGGCUUCGCCGCCAAGGCCAUGAAGAAGGUCCACGAAAACAUGGACGUUAACAAGAUCGAUGACCUGAUGCAGGACAUCACAGAGCAGCAGGAUGUGGCCCAAGAGAUCAGCGAUGCCAUCUCCAGACCUUUCGGCGAGACGUUUGAUGAGGAUGAGCUGCUGGCAGAGCUCGAGGAGCUGGAACAGGAGGAGCUUGAAAACAACAUGAAGAGUAUGGGUGGAUUACCCAGCGUGCCCAGCUCCAGGCUGCCUGCAGCACGGCCCAGUCAGCGCGCAACAACUAAGAAAAGGGCUGAAGAAGACGACGACAUGCGUCGGCUGGCAUCGUGGGCGACUUAACUACAUUAAGGCAGCGUCUUGUUUAGAGAAAAUGAAACUUCUUUUUGUCUCUUUUUCUUUUUUUUAGCUUUUUAUACUAAUUUUGAAGGUUUUUAGGGAAAAUGAAGAACUUUUUUAAAUAAGCUUUUUGCCACUUUACAGGUUAUAUUUAUCAAUAAAUUAAAGAUUUUAAGUUCAACCUUAAUUUAAGAUUUUCUGAAAGAUCACUGAGGGUGACCCUCAUUAACAAUGAUGCAGACAUUACACCAGUGAAGGUCUCUUUCCUCUUUUUUCUUUUCUUUAUUAAUCAUUCUUACUUAGCCUGUACAGAACGCAUUUCAUAGACCUGAUGAAGACAUAAUGAGGACUGUAAUGUUUUAACACAUAGAGUAACUGUAUUUUACACAGCUGUAAAUAAAAUCUGAUUUUGCAUUAAUGUUGUAAAUAUAUUGCUUUAUCAACAUAACAAAAUAAAAAAAAGCCCCAUACA